GGCUUUAUGGGCCUAAGUAUAAAUGAAACGCUUUUAACUCCUUCUUCCUCGCCCAUUUGUUUGUAAGAUAGUUGAUCUUAAUAGGUUUGUCAUGUGCCAUUCACAAGAUAUUUAUUAAAGUCAUAUUGUUUAAAACAUGGAUGUAAAAGUUAAAGAAGUUAUUCCCAGUAUAGCUAAAGAAGCAGUUCUUGUUGAAAGUUCACCACUUCCUAAAGAUACUCCCAUAGUGAAAGGAUAUGACUGGAAUAGUGGUGUAGAUUACUCAAGGUUGCUCCAGACAUACAUGACUUCUGGUUUUCAAUCAACCUCUUUUGGAUUGGCUAUUGAAGAAGUAAAUAAAAUGUUGGAUUGUCGAGCUCAACUACUAAAUUCAGAAGAAGAAGAUAAAUUUGAAAUGGAUCCUUUUAUUAAACGUAAAUCAAAGUGUACUUUAUUUCUUGGGUAUACAUCAAAUAUGGUUUCAUCAGGAUUACGUGAAACAAUAAGAUUUCUAGUAGAACAUAAAAUGGUAGAUUGUAUUGUGACAACUGCUGGUGGUGUGGAGGAAGACCUUAUAAAGUGCCUUGCUCCCACAUAUCUUGGUGAUUUUGGACUCCAGGGGAAAAAAUUGAGAGACCGAGGCAUUAACAGAAUCGGAAACCUUCUAGUGCCAAAUGAUAACUAUUGCAAGUUUGAAGAUUGGGUGAUGCCACUUUUAGAUCAAAUGCUAGAAGAACAAAAAACGCAAGGAAUAUUAUGGACCCCUUCUAAAAUCAUUGAAAGACUUGGUUCUGCAAUUAAUAAUGAGUCUUCUAUUUGUUUUUGGGCAGCUAAAAAUUGUAUACCCAUAUUUAGUCCUGCUCUAACUGAUGGAAGCUUAGGAGAUAUGAUGUACUUCCAUUCUUACAAAAAUCCAGGAUUAGUUGUUGACAUCCUUGAAGAUCUGAAGAGGUUAAAUACAAUGGCUGUCAAAGCAAUCAAUAGUGGCAUGAUAAUAUUAGGAGGAGGAGUUAUAAAACAUCAUAUAUGUAAUGCUAAUUUAAUGGUGCGUUUUUUGUUUUUAUCCUAGCUUUAAAAAAAUAUAUGUAUUUUCUUUUCAUGAUGAUCUUGUUUAGUGACCAUUUCUUUAUAGGAAUGAUUAUAAUCUCAUUUAUUCAUCAAUCAACAACAGAAUUUGAUUGGUGAUUGUAUAAAAUCAAAAAUUAUUUAUAUAAUAAAUGCCAAUAAUUAUUUAUGUCACAAACAAAUGUCCUUUCUCUCAUUUAAAAUGUCCUCUUUGUUCUUAAUCCUGAUGAUGAAAGUAGGAUGAAUGAACUUUAGGUUCUAUGGAGGGAUUUCAAAUUUUAUAUUAUAAUUUUUUUUAAAAUUACAGUAACUUUUAAUCCGUUAUUCAGGCUUUUUCUCAAUGUAGAUGCAUUAUCUUCUUCAGAUUUUGUCCUCAUGUUCAAGGGAACCACUUGAGAGUGAUUGAUGUUCUGCAAUGAAGCAUCAGUCCUAUGUUACCUCCUUUAGUUGUUGGAAUGCAAUUGUUGCCCGACAUUAGUCUGAAGAACAUGUUGACAAAGUAUAAAGAAGAUAGUAAUAUAGUUUCCUGAAAAAAAUAGUUGAAUAAUUCAGAAAACUUAAGAAGUUUUUAUAAUUAAUAAAUAAAAACAAAAUGGGUUUGACUAAAUUAUACAUAAUUUAGUUUGAAAGCAGAAGUAGUAGACUUGAAUCAGGCAGAUGUUAGAAAUGGUGCAGAAUAUGCAGUAUUUAUUAAUACUGCUUCUGAGUUUGAUGGUAGUGAUAGUGGAGCAAGACCCGAUGAAGCUGUUUCUUGGGGCAAAAUAAAAAAAACUGCCAAUCCUGUUAAGAUUUAUGCUGAAGCAACUCUAGUAUUUCCUCUGCUGGUUGGUGAAACGUUUGCCAAGCGAUUUUUCAGAGAGAAAUAAUUUUAUUCUGGAGAAAAUUUACUCUAAUUUUGAUAACAAAUUAAAUUUAAAAUUUCUCAAGUUAUGAGUAAAAUUUGACUGAAUUGGAAUUAUGAUACCAAUAAAUGUAGUUAGGAUAUUUAUGUGGUAAAAAAUUCAAAAUAUGUACAUAGGUAAAUAUAUUUGUAUUUGGAAAUAAUAAUAUGAAAUUAUGUAU